AUGGCAGAAGAAAUCGACCUCUACGAAGUGCUCGGCAUCACAUCCACCUCGACCAAAGCCGAAGUCAAGAAAGCCUACCACCGCGCCGCCCUCACCUCUCACCCCGACAAAGUUCCCGAAGACCAACGCGAAGAAGCCGACAUCAAAUUCAAAGCCGUCUCCCAAGCCUACGAAAUCCUCAUCGACGAUGAAAAGCGCGCCAUGUACGACCAACACGGCAUGGCCGCCUUCGAGAAAGGCCAGAACGGCUUUCCCGGAGGAGGCCCUGACCUUGACGACAUCCUUGCGCAAAUGUUUGGCCAAGGAGGAAUGGGCGGGAUGGGAAGAGAUUCUUUUGGGAUGGGAGGCAUGGGUGGAGGCGCAGGGCCGAGGAGGAGGAGAGGGAAGGGAAAGAGUGAAAUGCAGCAGUAUGAGGUGACGCUGGAGGAGCUGUACAAGGGCAAGACGACCAAGUUUGCGUCGACGAAGAAUGUGAUUUGUUCGCAUUGCAGUGGGAGUGGAGGGAAGAGUGAGAAGGUCAAGCCAAAGACGUGUGAUACGUGCAAGGGGCGGGGAAGCAUUACAAAACUGCAGCCAGUAGGUCCAGGCAUGGUGACGCAGGCGACGGUGCCGUGUACCACGUGUAGUGGGAAGGGCAGCUGGUACCAGGACAAGGAUAAGUGCAAGAAAUGCAAAGGCGAGAGGACGAUCAAGCAGAAGAAGAUCCUCGAGCUUUACGUCCCAAGAGGCAGCCGGGAGGGAGAGCACAUUGUGUUGGCAGGCGAGGCAGAUCAGGAUCCGGACGACUCAGAGCCUGGAGACAUCAUCUUCGAGCUGGUGGAGGAGCAGCACAAGGUCUUCAACCGCGCGGGCGCAGACCUCCACGCAGAGCUCGAUAUCAGUCUAUCAGAGGCCUUGACUGGCUUCAACAGAGUCGUCCUCAAACACCUCGAUGGCCGCGGCAUACAACUCCACGUCGAACAACCAGAAGGCAAAGUCCUACGACCCGACGAAGUCCUAAUCGUGCACGGGGAGGGAAUGCCACUCAAGCGAUCCGAUACACGAGGAGACCUUUACCUCUCCGUCAAGAUCAACUUCCCCGAAGAUGGAUGGCUGAAGGACCAGAAGGCUGUCGAUGCUGUCAAGGCGGUACUACCAAAGGCCGAGGGCAUCAAGUUCGGACCUGGAGAGACUCCCGAGAUGGUCGACGAAGUUCAGUUCGAGGUUAUUGACAGUCUGGAGGGCUUCGGCGCUGGCUCGGACGAUCCUCGAGCGGCGGGUGCAGAGUGGGAAGAUGAGGAUGAUGGUGCGGGUGGAGCGCAGUGUGCGCAGCAGUAA